CACCGGUCGCGCCGGCGGUCUCGCGGGCCGAAUCGCAGUGGUCUUGGCUCAACCGGCCGAGUGCACGUUCAUCACGCCGUCCGGAUAUCCACCGUGCCACGCCGUGGCGCGAACCAGGCGUCCGUUUGCUGAAUGAUUUGGUUCUUUCUUCUCACUGUCAAGGCGGCGUCCAGCGCUCCGUUGGAUGCUCCGAAGCACAAGGUCUUCGAGCAAUAUGAGUUCUUGGAGAUCUUGCAGGUUGGGGAGGCGACCGAAGAAGGACUGCACCCACACGGCCGGACUGGCUCGCACCGCCGGACUGGCUCCGCGGGCGAAGCGGGACAACGAGACGGGUGGCUCCAGGUCUAUGACCAUGCAGUGAAGGCCAUGGCCUUUGGUCGUUGGAAUCACUUUUUGCAGUUGGUCUCUGAGAAAGCCUUUCCCAGCGGCCACCUGCCCGAUUUCGAGGAUCCCAAGGCCCUGGGUGCGGGCAGCUUUGCCAUCACCUACAAGGCCACCUACAAACCGACGGGCCAGGUGGUCGCGGUGAAAGUCUUCAAAGACAGUGCCGGUCUUUGGAUCACGGCCAGUGACUACGGUAAGUAUGAGAACAAUGCGAGGAUCAUCAACAUGAGCAGAACCGAAUGCGUGAACCUGCAGGAGAUCCAACAGCCGCAAUCACAAUCAAAGGAUCCGACCGGUUCCUCGCACGUGACGAAGUGCAUCUAUGAUGGCAUUACGAUCCCCUUGCAGGGCGGUGAGGAAUUUGAGAAUGUGCCUUUGCACAUUGUUACUUGGAUGAAUGAUGGCUGCGUGGGUGAAGGAGCUGUCAUUCUUCGCUCACCGGUGCCACCGAAGCCGAAGGGCGGCCCCUGUCGGUCGACCAAGCACGCCACCGAAGGGCGGAACGGAGCCGAUCCACCGGGAACGGAGUCGCAAGGGUCGGUGUUAGAGUUUGGGGGCACAGACGACCUGGACAAGUGGUGGGGAAAACAGCUGAAGCUGAAGAAAGCCAAUUCGGACUAUGUGAAGCUCAUGAAGAAGGCUACGAAAGGAAUGCUUGAAGGUCUACGGUUCUUGAGCGAGAGCCCGGGUGAUGUGCAAUGGGUGCACCAUGACUUGAAGCCUCAGAACAUGGUCGUGAACGACCAGACUGCGGAGGUAGUUGUAGUGGAUAUGGGCACAGCCUUGAGCACCAAGAACGAGACUGCGAAAUCCGCCUGUACACCCUUUUUUCGCCCGCCCUCCUUUGAUCACUACGGCGUCUUCGAAUCUGAGGUGGGCUUUCACCCACCGGUUUGGUCCUAUGACAUCUACUCUGCUGCCUUAUCCAUCUUUGGCAUGUCCUUAGAUGGAGACUUCUCCAGCGUCAAGGGCUUGGAUGGUCUGAGUGCCAUUCCGGUCUAUCCCCUCAUGCUUUACGUCAGUGUGCAGAAUUCGCUGGCGAGCAUGAGCGCAUUGAAGCAGAUUCAGAAGUGCGUCGGCCAGCGGCCCAACAAGCUGUGGUCCUGCACUGAGAAGCUCUUCAGAGAUGCUUGGAUCCAGGAGCAUGACAAAGGCAUCAAGAAGAUUCAAGAGAGCUCCGGUGAUGCGCGCAAGGCAGCACUGGCAGCGGUCGUGAACUGCCGGCGAUGGAAGGGCAACCCAGGUGAGUUCAUUUUGCAGCCCUUCCCGGGUGAGCUGCCUCCGACUCAUACUGCGGAUUUCUUUUGGACCUUGGCAGAUGAUUGGAUGGCGACAGGCUUCGAUGAGCUCUUGGUGAAGAUGGUCAGUUCGAAUCCUCAAGAACGCCCCAGGCCCAGCGAAGUCUUAGAAUCCAAUUGGUUCAAGACAGACUCUGUGACUGAGCAGGGCAAACCUGUGGAGUACACUUGCCCAGAGAUGCCAGUGGCAGAUUUUGCCGUGCUUUCGAGUAUGUUCACUGUCGUCCAUGUCUUCUCCUGUCUCACCUGCUGCGUGUGCUAUGGUGGGACAUGUCUCACAGCCAGUCGCCUGGCGGUGGAAGCAUGGAAAUGGUCCAUGGCCUGGGGGGGCCUGCUGAUGCUCCUCAGCCCCUUCGUGGCGCGCAUGACCACUGACUUGGCCAUCCUUUGGAUGAUUCUCAUGAUGCCCUGCGGGUUGGCUUUGAUGGUUGGCGCUUGCAAGUCCUUACCGGCGGACAAGGAAACCAAGGUCAAAUCCAUUCUGGUGGCCUCAGCCGUGCUGCUGGAUUUGCUGUUCGUGAUCGUCACGCGCUACUCCACACAGAUCGUCAUGGAUUUGGCGCUGGUCAUUACGAAACACUCCAACGUGGUCAUACAAGCCUUGAGCCUGGUGGCUGUGCCCUUUGCGAUGUACUUCAUGUGGAUCUUCACGCUCCUGCCCAUUCUGGCGCUCUUGUGCGGCUGCAUCUCGCUCGCGAGCCUUAAUGCACCGGGCGGGCCCCGCGAGAUGACGCAGCCGGGCAUGCCGGGAACUGAGUUGCGAGGAAUGGGCCGAGUGUAGGGAGCCAAGUGUGCACAGGACUCGCUGAAAGAUCCUGAAAUCCUGGAAGUGGAGUGCGUGAACACCAC